GAAAACCCUAACUACAAGUACUGAAGAAGAGAGAGAUGGCUUCCAUGGUCGUCUCCUCGCCAACCUCCAUUAUUCUUACCCUCAUGUGCUCAAUGCUCGCACUGCCUUUGAUUUCCAGCUCGAGCUUGACGAGACAUUACAAGUUUGACAUAAAAUUGAAGAAUGUGACUCGUCUUUGUCAUACGAGGAGCUUGAUCACCGUUAAUGGCCAAUUCCCGGGGCCUAAGAUUGUGGCUAGAGAAGGAGAUCGAGUGGAAGUGAAGGUGGUUAAUCAUGUCUCUAAUAAUGUCACCAUCCACUGGCAUGGGGUCCGGCAGAUUCAAACUGGCUGGGCUGAUGGGCCGGCAUAUAUUACUCAAUGCCCCAUUCAAACGGGCCAAAGCUACGUGUACAACUUCACAAUAGUGGGCCAACGUGGAACUCUAUUCUGGCACGCCCAUAUCUCAUGGCUUAGAGUCACUAUUUACGGACCUCUCAUUAUUCUCCCCAAGCUUGGAGUCCCCUAUCCUUUCGCAAAACCCUACAAGGAAGUGCCCAUAAUCUUCGGGGAAUGGUUCAAUGCGGACCCUGAGGCUGUCAUAGCCCAGGCCCUACAGUCUGGUGGAGGCCCAAAUGUUUCUGAUGCGUACACCAUCAAUGGCUUCCCUGGCCCACUUUACAACUGCUCAGCAAAUGACACCUUCAAUCUGAAAGUAAAAGCCGGCAAAACCUACCUUCUCCGACUCAUCAACGCUGCACUCAACGACGAGCUCUUCUUCAGCAUCGCCAAUCACUCCCUCACCAUCGUCGAAGUCGACGCCGUCUAUAUCAAACCAUUCAGCACCCAAACCCUCCUCCUCACUCCCGGCCAGACCACCAACGUCCUUCUCCACGCCCACCCUCCCUCUCCCUCCCCAUCCCCAUCCGCCCUCUUCCUCAUCGCCGCUCGCCCUUACGCAACCGGACAAGGCACCUUCGACAACACCACCACCUCCGCCAUCCUCCAUUACCACGACCUCUCAUCGCCACCAACCAACCAUACCUCCCCUCUGUUACUCAAACCCAUCCUUCCUUCCCUCAACGACACCGCAUUCGCAGCCAAUUUCACCUCCCGCCUCCGCAGCCUCGCUUCUCCUCAAUUCCCGGCUAUAAUCCCUCGUUCCGUCGAUAAAAAUUUCUUUUUUACAGUCGGUCUCGGCACCAACCCCUGUCCCAAGAACCAAACCUGUCAGGGUCCCAACGGCACCAAAUUCGCAGCUUCCGUCAACAAUGUAUCCUUCCUGCUCCCGGCUUCCAAUGCUUUGCUCCAAGCUCACUUUUUUGGGCAGUCGAAGGGGGUUUACACGACAGAUUUUCCGGCGAAUCCUCUGUUUCCGUUUAACUACACGGGGACGGCGCCGAACAAUACGUUGGUGAGCAAUGGGACAAAGGUGGUGGUUUUGCCAUUCAAUGCGAGCGUGGAGUUGGUUUUGCAGGAUACGAGUAUAUUGGGGAUUGAGAGCCAUCCCUUGCAUUUGCAUGGAUUCAAUUUCUUUGUUGUGGGAUCUGGAUUUGGGAAUUAUAAUCCGGCCAAAGAUCCGGCCAAGUUUAAUCUGAUUGAUCCCGUUGAGAGGAAUACUAUUGGGGUGCCUGCGGGAGGAUGGGUUGCUAUCAGAUUCUUUGCAGAUAAUCCGGGUGUAUGGUUCAUGCACUGCCACCUAGAGGUGCACACGAGCUGGGGGUUGAGGAUGGCGUGGGUUGUUCAGGAUGGUCCAUUGCCCAGCCAGAAGCUUCUUCCUCCACCGUCAGAUCUUCCCAAAUGCUGAUCAUUGACUUUUUUCUAGACCAUUAAUUCCAAGUGCAGGCUUCUCCGUUGACAGUUGAUUUUUGUUUUUCUUAAAUUUUUUUUGCGUAUUAAAUAAUCUCUUAUGUUUUGACCCUUGGAAGUGUGCUCAAGUGUGUACUGAACUGUAAUUUAUAUAUUUGGAAGCUAGCAGGAGAGAAGAUAUACUGUUUCCCAUAAUCCUUGAGAAGGUGUUGUUUGUAAUUUUCUGUUUUGUUUUGUUUGCUUUUGCAAUUCUUGUCCUUGAAGGUGAAAGAAAUGUCGGCCAAGAACUUUUCACGUGUCACCUCUACUUUCUAUUGUAAAGUGUAAUUUGUUCGUAGA